AUGGCACCGGCAGGUUGUCUUCAGUACAUCAAAGGCAAGACGGGGGAGAUACAGAGCUUUAAUUACGAAGAUAAGCCAACAGAUGCUAAACAACCUAAUGGAAAUACAGGAACUCGCCACCUGCAGGAGGACUACAGCAUCUGCGUCCGCCAAGAACCGGGCUACUGCAGCAUCAAAUGGACAGCCGCGGAGGGCGAGACUCACGCCUUCACUCUCACUGGGGACUUGGUCGGCGUCCCGGGCAUCCUUCCGCCCAUCUUCGGAUCUGCCAUCAACAACCUGUGCCCCUUCACGGACCACCUGGUGAUCGCUGGCGGCACGGCGGUCGCGGGCGGCGCCGAAACCCCCGCCAGCAUUUUCUGCGGAUCUGAGUUCCCGGAUGAAGUCGUCAGCGAUAGUUUCAGGGUGGACGUGGUGACCAAUGGACAGGAAGGCGACGACAGCGACUUCGACAACAGGGGCUUCCAUCUCGAGUACGAGCAAGUUAAAUGCUGA